AUGUAUCAUCUGGCUAAGUCGGUAUAUCUUUAUGCGACUAGCAAAGAGGAAUAUUCUGUCCUAUUACUAGGCUUGGACAAUGCCGGAAAAACAACCCUGUUGACACAAAUCAAAUCCCUCUAUCAACCCCGAGCAGAUGGCGCUCCUGCGCCAAACCCCAGCAAGACCGUCCCUACCGUCGGUCAGAAUGUCACCACCAUCUCCUUACCCGAAAUGAAUCUCAAGAUCUGGGACGUUGGGGGUCAAAUCUCCAUGCGGGGUCUGUGGCAGAGCUAUUACUCUAGCUGCCACGCCAUCAUCUUCGUGGUCGACAGUGCCGACGUAGGCCAAGACUCCGACAUCACAAGGCUUCCCUCCGCUUCCGCACGACGGCCCAGCUCCGUAUCAGGCCCGACCCGUGCUAGUACAAGUACUAGCGAUCUUUUCUCCGAGCAGAACGUCGGCACCAACGCUGGAGGAAGUGAAUUUGGACGUCUGGACGAGUGUCGUCAGGUGCUCGAAUCCGUCCUGCAGAGUGCCGAUGUGGCGGGAGUCCCCAUACUGGUACUGGCCAACAAACAAGAUCGUGAGGAUUGUGUCGAGGUGGUCCGCAUCAAGGAAGGUUUUGUCCGCAAGGUCUUUGAAGGCGACACGGGCACCGGGGUUCGAGACAGCCGCGUACUGCCGGUCAGCGCGCUACUAGGGUCCGGGGUGCAAGCAGCUGUGGAGUGGGUACAGAGCCGUGUCAAAUGGAAUAAAGAGGGUCGACCGCCAGUGAUGCGCUAA